AUGGGUUUGUCUCCCAGGGCACAUGUGCCUCAUUUGUUGGCCCCUGAUCCGUUCUAUUUCAAGGGAUCUCUGUGCGUUCCACCUCGACCAGAUGAACCACGGAUUUUGAAGACGAUUCUUCAGGCAAUGAUGCGGCAGGCUGCAUGGGACUCUGAGGCUGAAGAUGCCAAGGCUAUGAUUGGGCCUGGUGCUGGUGGAUGUGGAAUGGCAGCCCUCUUCAAGGUCCUCGAUCCUUUGGGAAAGGGCUACGUUCUUGACACGGACCUUUUGCAGCUGACGAAGGAGCAUGAAGCCAACGUGCCAUUCGCUAAUUUGUGUGCCAUUGUGCAAGAAGUGGAACUAUGCCGCGGGGGCUGCGGGCCAAUCAUUGGACAAUGGGUGGUGGAUUGA